AUGUCGGGAGGAAGAAGUAUCGACAAGGAGCGCAAGUCGCCGAGGGAAAGUGGGGAGGAUUCCGAGGAUGAGAGCGAAAUUCUCGAAGAGAGUCCCUGCGGGCGCUGGCUCAAACGUCGUGAAGAGAGUGAACACUCACAUUUCAUUUCGGAAUAUCCAGACUCCAUGUACUUUUGGUUGAUAAUCUUCAGAUUUGGAAAUGAAGAGAGUGCUCUAAUGUACGUAGCAGAAAUGAUAUGGUUUUUGUUUCGUCCUAAAGCAGUAUCAGAGUAA